AUGAAUCGGACGCCAAGUGAGAUUAUCCAUGAAGCUGCCGCUAAGACCAAUCAGUCUGUCGGGUCGAACUCUCCUAUUUCCGAAAGGGAUACAUGUUUGGAAAAGGAGGACUCUUCGGGCAAUAGCAGUUCAUCGGACAGCUGUGCUGAACAAGAGGAACCUCCAUGCAAGAAACAGAAAACGCAGGUAAUCAUCGAUCCUCGGAUCGACGCGUUAUACAACCAGGCGAACCGCCGGCCCAUUUACCUCCUCUCCUUUUCUCGCACAAAAGGCACAUUGUCUUGGACUUGGCGUGUGGACGGUCCACAAGUCGGCCGUCCGUGCGAUGCAUCGCUCCUCUCGCAACAAGUUAAUUUAUGCGCGCCGCGUGAAUCGAUUCAUCAGGCGGGAUGUACGGCUCGGACGCCCCGGGGCCGCAUGACGCCUUCGGGCACGGGCGACCCGGAAAUCGAACUGCGAUCCCGUCGGAACGCAGACGCGCAGCUUUGCGCACCGGCCAGCGCCGAGUGGCGCCUGCUUGAAGCCAAUUCUGCUGCGGUGGAUGUGGCCAAAUACUGGUCGAACAAGAUC